GCUGGGCUUGCAGCGUAUGCAAAGUUCGGAAUGGGGACGGCUACGAUUUCUGCUGGAAGUGCUGGAAGGUUCGCGACUCCGCGAAGACGGCGAACCACGGGGCGGCCAGCUCCCAGGACGACACAGAGGCCGAGGAUGCCACCAAAGCAAAGCUCAAGAAGUUACGGGCUCACCUGGCAGAACUUCGGCGGCAGGCGGAGGACCCAGACUUGGCCAAACACGUCCAGGGGAACAUCGACAUCGUGCAGAAAGAAGUUGAUGAAUUGCAGGCAGCUGUCGACAACGGCAGCGACAUCCCACGUUGCUUCUCGGAGUGCAAGCUGGUCCGAGAGAGGAACAAAACGCAGGCGCAGCGAGAGCGUGCACAGGAGCGGGUCGAGAAGCUGGAGCAGGAGAUCAAGGAGGCCCAGGAGAGGCUCGACAGGGAGAAAGCCCUCUUGGCCAGGCAAGAUGAGAGAUUGCAAAAGCAGAGUGCCCGUAUCGAAGAGCUCAGCGUGCCCAAGCCGGGCAAGGGCUGGGGAGCGGCCGUAUCGUUCCUGGAGCAAGCCAAGAAGUGCCUGCGCGACCAGGAGACCGACACCAAGAUCGCCGAAGCCCUCUGCCACGCGCAGCAGCUGCGCACCGCCGAGGAGGAGCGAGCUGCAGCCGCCGCAGCGGCAGCAGCCGCCAAGGCCAAGAAGGAGGCUGACGCCGCAGCGCGGGAGGCCGCCCACGACACGCAGCAGAGGAACAAGCGUAGAGCUGAGGAGGAGAUCAAGCAGGAUUUGGUCUCUUUUCCCCAGAGCGCCGACUCGACGCAGCUCACCAAGAUCAUGCAGGAGGCAGAGCAGGGGCAGGUGUUCUUCACCAUCAAUGCGAACUCCAUCGGCACGCUGGAGCGGACUAUGCGCUCCAUCAGGUACACGUACAAGGAACCCAUUAUCAUGGCGCAGGAGCUGCAUGCAAACGAGCACAGCAUCUCCUGCUUCACGCAACGCAUGCAGAAGGAGGGCUGGAGGCUGGGCAUUGCGCCGAGCGUCCGCACCGCACGGGGGGGCUGGAGUGCAGGGGUGCUCCUGGCGACAGUGCGGCUAAACAACAUGAGCUACGCCAGGGGGCUCGACACGUGGGACACCUCGCCCCGCGAGUCCAAGGGCCGCCUAGCGAUCGGCUGGGUACGCGCCCGCGGCAAGGACCUCGGCAAGGAGGGCACCACCAUAGGCGCGGCCUACCUCUGGGUCAGCGAGGGCAUGACAGACCGCAACAGGGCCAUCUUUCGGAACUUCACUACGGCCGCGGCGGCGGCGGGGAAGUACUGGAUCCUGGGCGGCGAGUUCAACAUGGACCCAGCAGAGCUACAGCACACAGGGGUGAUCAACAGGAUGGACGGGGUCAUCGUGUUCGACACCUCCCGCGGCUCGUGCGUCACACUGGGCGAGGCACGGCACCGUGACUACUUCAUCAUGUCCAAAACGCUCCUGGACGGCCCGCUCCACGUGGCCGUGCAGGAUCAGUACAGCACGGCGCCGCACUCACCUGUGCGCCUACGAGUUCCCCGCCUACGGGAAGAGGAACGCCGGGCACGGGCACUGCGGCGCCAACGGCGAUGGCCACUUCAGCUGCCCACGGGCUGCGCGGCAGGGCCGACCUCGUGGCCACGACUCCUGGAACACCGUAGGCACACUCAGGGGGAGGUGGGCCGAUAUUGGGGCAGCCUGGCCAACACGUACGAUGAACACCUUAACAAGUACUUCAACUACGAUGGCAUGGACUGGCACGAUCGCAAGGGCCACCUGCAGCUGCCCACCCACGCAUGGGAGCAGCUCAAGCCGCCCAUGGUGCGCGAGGCCGCGCGAGAGCAACAGUGGGCGUGGGCGGAGGCAGCCGGAUGGCUGGGACGCCGCCUGGAACACGUCAGCGCAGCAGUGCGAGCGCGGUGGAAGAACGGGAAGCAAGAGACGUUGGUCUGGGCGCAGAACAACGCCAAGGGCAUCCUAGGGAAGGACAUCAUCGGCCCGCUCCUCGAGCGGAACCACCCAGCAUGGCGCGCCGAGCCCGACCAGGAGCGGGGCAAUGACGACGCCACAGACGAGCAGGGGAACUCAUACCUGGACGAGUUAAGUUACACAGUGCGCCGAGUGGAGGAAGACAUGGCGAGCCUCCCAGAGACUACUCCUCGGCGGACCCCCGCUGUCCUCGGCCUCACGGCCUCGCAGGACUGCCCGUUGGUCGGGGCGGAUGCGGCAGGAGAGCGCCGCCGACCGACGGGGCGGGGGCGCUACACGGAUAUCGAUUGGGGGAAGAUGGUGAAUACGGUCGCCUGGAUCGACGCUGAGCACAUAACCGAGAGGGGCUUGCACUACGUGGACUGCGUGGCCAAGCUCAUGACAGUGGCCAGCCAGCACACGUGGCGGCGAGUGCGACAGGAAGCAGCCCGAGACUGGCGACGCUGGGUGACCAAGCACAGCCAGGCGGGAGCGGGGGCGCUGCGCAAGUGGACUAAGCCGCCUGUGCCAUGGGCCCCGACACAGCCGACAAAGUCCCACACCCAGCAGGAGCCCACGCACCCGCAGGUGGCAGCGGACACGGCGCUGGAGGGCUGGGAUACGGUCUGGGCGGACAGCUACAACGCCGACGAACCGUGGUGCCAGGCCCCCAGCGACGACGAGUGGAGCGAGUUCAGGGCCCCGAGGAUCACUUCGAGGGACCUCGUCGAGGCUUGCGGGCGGUUCCGCGCUGGGACAGGAGCGGCACGCGUGGCAAGCGUGCUCAACGCGGUGGAGCGAGGAGCGCCCUGGCCCACGUCGCAGGCCACCAUCCUCUUCUACCUCACGCCGAAGGCGGCAGGUGGCUUUCGGAACCUGGGCCUCAUCCCUGAGCUGGCGCGAGCGUGGGGGGCCAUCCGCAUCCCCUACGCGAGGCGAUGGGAGGCCGCGCGGGCCGACGGACACGACUAUGCGGUCACCUACUUCGACUUAAUCAAGUGCUUCGAGUGGGUCACCCAUCGGAAGGUCUGGGAGGCGUCGCAGAGGUGGGGCUUCAAUCCAAUCAUCAUGCGGACCGUCCUCCAGAUCUAUUGCAUGGUGCGGCGCAUCGUCCUGGACGGGUGCUACACCGACGGCAAGGCGUGGCAACGCGGCAUCGUAGCGGGCAGCAGGUGCGCACCGUUCUGUCUCAAGGUGGUGAUCAUCCUCGAGCUGGACGAGCUGGCGCACCAGUUCUCCUGGGCGGACACGUGCCUUUUCUUCGAUGACCUCGCCAUGGCCACGCACGGCAGGCACGACUACGUCGACGAGGUUCACCCGCGGCUCAUCGAGGCCGUGGUCACCAUGUUCGAGACCACGCUGGGCAUGGCCGUCUCGCGGGGCGUGCGCGUCGACAAGAGCACCAGGCACCUCGGCGUGAGAGUGGUCAAGCACGAGAAGCACUUGGGAGUGACAGCGACAGCAUGCGGACGGAGGAGAGUGGCCGCCAUCAACAAGCGGGCGCUCAAGUUUGCAGCGAGAAAGGCACAGGUGGCAGCCGUGCGCAGAACAGGAGGUGCGGCACACAAGCUGAUUCGACAAGCCACAGUGCCAGCCCUCCUCUACGGAACCUCCGUCGUCGGCACGGCGGACUCAAAGCUCGCCGAGCUCAGGAAGAACGUGGCGGCGGCGAUGGAGGGGAACAACAAGGGAAGGUCCACGGCGCUUACUCUGCUCAGCGACAUGACCGACCCAGGCACCCUCGCCAACAGUGGCCCCAUCAUCGCCUGGGCCACGGCUUGGCAGGAAGCGCUCGAGGACGACCAGUUGGCCGCGCGGCUCCAGAGCGCGUGGCACACCUGGGUGAUGAAGAUCUUCAAGUGCAAGGCACCCUGGCUCACAGUGCGGGGGCCAGCGGGGGCGUUCGUGGCGACGGUCAGGCGCCUCGGCUGGAUGACGCAGGCCUCGCACUCAGUCACCAUCGACGGCAACGUGCUCGACCUCCGCUACACCGUGCUGCAGGAGAUCCAGCACCACGUCGCGCGGGCCACGGAGAAGCAGUUGCAGGACGAGUGGUUGGGCCAGCGCGGCCGCCAGUUCGGCAUCACCUCCAUCUUCCUGGCACCGGUGCAAACACUACUACGACGACCCCUCCAGGGCCGCUGGACGCAGGCCAACCGCACUCGAGUGAGGGGCCUAUUCUGCGGAGGGACGUGGCCGCAGGAGCGGCUACAUGCAGCAGGAGUUGCUACCGACAGCACAUGCAGAGCGUGCGGGCUGGCGCCAAGCACCGACAGGCACCGCACCUUCGUGUGCCCAGCGCGCCAGCCACACCGUGACGUUGUCGGAGGCCACCAAAUUCAGCAGCGAGGAGCCAACCCCUGGCCAGGCCCAGGAGCCGAUGCUCUCUGGGGGCGCGGCAUCACGGCCGACCCCGCCGAAGAGCUAGGGCUAUGGAAGCUAGCAUCGUGCGACGACUGGCUCACCGAGGGCAACUGGGACGGCCUCGCGACAGGGGACAUCUACGUGGACGGUUCGUUGCAGUACGGCGACUACGCACCACUGCGACGAGGAGGAUGGAGCUUUGCCAAGGUCAAAGACAACGACGAGUACGACAUGGACUACGUGUGCUACGGGCCCCUCCCUGGCGCACAGUGGGUCCAGAGCAUCCUGCGGGCGGAGCUCUACGCGCUGCUGCAGGCCCUACGUGUGGGCACCCCGCCCAUGCGCAUCUUCACCGACUGCCAGAACGUCGUAGACGGCGUGAUGGCGGGACCAGCCUGGCUCGACAAGAGGAGCCGCCCGCACCUCGACCUCUGGGAGUGCAUCGCCCAGGCCACCGCAGAGCUCGGAGGCCUGGGCCCGCGCACCGUGCAGGUGCUGAAAGUGAAGGCCCACGCGACGCGCACCGAGCGUGCAGCUAUCGGGCGCGCGCAAUUGGAAGGCAACAAAAUUGCUGAUCAGUAUGCCAAGCAGGGAGCUCUGUAUCAUACCCACCCUGUUUGGUGUAGAGAGGCCUACAUACAGAAGUAUCGACUGGUUCGGGACAUCUUGGAAUUCGGAGCCUACAUAGGAGUCCUGGGCCGUGAUGACAUUGUCGACACUGAGCAGGGUUCGAGACCGACGGACUCGAACCCCCCCGACCCCCCCUCGGACCUCCUGGACUCUCCUGGGAACCUGGGGGCGGUCGUGGGCGAGGAGGGCGGGGCCCUGGUGGCCCCUGAACCCCCUGCCCCGCCCCUGGGGGCUGACCCUCCGUCUCGGGCCGCUCUGGACUGGGGGUGCACCAGGGUCGACAGAGCCCAUAGAGCGGGGCACAACAUCGUGACGUCUUUUGUCGCAGGUGUGCCAGGUACGCCCGUGACAGGUGGACUGGCCUACUUUCUCCAUGUAGCCCUGGGGCCCAAAGGGUGA